CGACAAACAGAUGAGUCAGAACUUAUAACAGAAGAAAUGGCAAGAACCUAUUGUACUAACAAUGUUACAACAGAAACAAUUGAAAAGAAUCAACACCUGCUUGGUGGAUUUAAUAUUACACAGGCAAUUGACGAAUGCACAUGGGAUGUACACACUGGGCAAGAUCUCGGAUGGAUUGCUACACACAAACAGGCAGCAGAUUCCGCUAUUGAAAUUGGUUACAAAAGAGAUGCAAAUUACACACUUUCCCACACUGAGGAAUUAAAGGAGUUCAAAAUGCAGUUGUGUCCUUUCAAUUGCAACGGGAACGGUGUUUGUCAGGAAAAUGGUACAUGUACGUGUGACAGUUUAUAUUUUGGUCCUGAUUGUGGAACUAAUAAAUCUAAUGGACCAACCAUAGAAGAUAUUGAAGGAGGCGGAUUCUGUGAUCAGCGUUAUGGGAGUGAAUGUAGAUGUUUUUCUGUACAGACAGAAGCGCUGGCGGAGUCCUUUCAAUGCAAGAUGGUUAGGCAAAAGAAAUUGUUGAAUGGGGAUACGCUAAUAAUUGGAUCGGAUUCAACAGAUGGCAGAUAUCGAAAUCUUUACAAUGGCGAAUGCUGUUUUGCUAAUGGAAGACGAAAGCGCUCCAGUGACACAGAAACAGGUGUACUGCAUUACUUGUAUGACAUAUCAAUCAGUAACAAUGGCAUGAACUUCGGCCCAGUCACGAUUGUUUACGUUUAUGAUUCGUUGUGCCUGAAUACAAAUACAGACAAUGAUGGGAACGUGCAAUUUACAGUUAAGGCUGACACUUGCCUAAUAGAUGGUUACUGCUACGAACAAAAUGACGUGAAUAUAAGUAGCGUUUGCUUCAAGUGUGAUCCCAGUAAUUCUCAAUACAACUGGACUCAAGGCUGCACGUCAUCCCCAAAUGACGAGGAAGUGAGCCUAACUGCUUCUACUAUAGCUGGUAUUGUUGUUGGAGUGUUUGUUGGAAUAAUGAUUGUAACAACGAUAGUGUUCAUUGGUGUCAAAAAAGGAUGCAAAAAAGGGUACAUUCGUCACUUUAAUCGAUAA